ACACAUCCAGUUCAGAUUGGUUGGCAGCUGUCAAAUAAAUUACAAACCGAACACAUUUUUUUUUUCAUGCGAGAGCAAGAGUUUUAAAAAUUUAGAAUUUUUAGAGUAACGGUUUGGGAUUUGCAAAAUUUACGUGAAUGUUGAGGACCGUCCAGACCUGUGCCGGCCAACAGGUGCGCUGCCUGGCCAGCUAUGGCUCCAGGUUCACGUACCAGAGCCACUCGAUGUCGCAUCCCCAUGGUCGGAUCGAGAAUCACUACCAGGUGCUGAACGUGCCCGUGGGAUCCAGCGACCGGGAGAUCAAGAAGGCCUUCAUCGAGCUGUCGAAGAAGUACCAUCCGGAUGCGAAUAGCCAGACGCGUGACUCGGAGGUCUUCAUGAGGAUCUGCGAGGCCUAUCAGACGCUCCAUCGGCACAAUUCCCGGCAGAUCUAUGACUCCCGGCUGCGGAUGCAGCACCAGAACACAUCCCCACCGGAAACCACGUUUACGGGUGGGCAUGUCUAUACGGUUUGGUCGCAAUAUCAGUCCGCCGUGCGAAACAAGCAGAUGGGAAGGGGUUCCAGGCGGUUUGGAGGCGUAAAGACCAUCAUCUUUAAGGGAAAGGUGGUAAACAAGUGGCUGCCGGUGCGAACGACCCUGGCCGAUCUUCAGAGGUUGGGAUUUGAGGGAUCCUGGCAGGAUGAGUACUCCUUUCCCAACAGCCCCAUCUUUUACCUGUACCUAGCGGGAUUCUGCGUCGUGGGCGGACUGGUUAUAGUGGAUGUAAUCAGCCGAUUUCAACAGCAGCCAGUACCAGUAGAAAAUGAAUGCGUGGAUAUCGAAAUAGAUCCUGUGGCCUCAACAACAACACAUCCAACCAUCCAUUCUACCUAACUUUGUUUUUCUAGCGAAUCAGCGACAACUCAUGCAUAUGCAUAGGACACUGCCUUCGUUGUACUCCCUGGUCUCGUUUGAAAGAAAAAUAUAUAAAUCUGUUCGUUAA